AUGCUAGACCGCUCAGACACGCAGAACAGCGGUAGAGGCAGACCAUUCUCUACAACUAACCCAUUUAGAUCAGCAGCCAACGUUGAUGUUGGUGUGAACCAAUAUGGUAAUGAUAGACAGUUUCAAGAUUGGGCCUCAUCUCAAAUGAGAGGAACUUCUUCACACUCCAGCUUCUCAACACCCUAUGAGGCGGAUGAAAUGUUUGGAAGAAACAUAGCUUCGCCCGCGGAAAGUGCAUUCAGUGGUAAUAUGUCUCCUAAGGGUGUUAAACCAGCUUCCACCAACCCCUUUUUGGAUGAUGUGGAGGAAAGACCUGCCAGCCCACCAAGACAAACAAAUACUAGACCUAGACCUGUUCAUUCCUCUUCGACUGACGAAAAAGAAAGACUCAGACAAAGAUAUCUUCAGGUCGACAACGAACAAACAGUCAAGCCCGUUUCAUCUACUUUACCACCUCCACCUUCUUACGAAGAAGCAGCAGGACCUAAGAAAUCUAAAGGGAAGUACCCUUCAGAAAAGGAGCAUUCUCACCGUCACCGUAGUGAGCGUGAGCGUGACCGUCAUCCUCGUCAUCGCCAUCGUAGCGAUCAUAACAGCUCACAUAAUAAAGCCAGUACAUCGUCGCCAUCUAAGAAAGAUAAGAGGAAAAGCAAAGUAUUGAUGCCUAAGAAUGUUGAUACCAUUGAUAAGUUGGAUGUUACCGGGUUAUUUGGUGGCUCAUUCCAUCAUGAUGGUCCAUUUGAUGCCUGUACGCCCCAUAGAAAUAAAGGUAAUAAGGUGGCUCCAGUGAUGGCAUUCCCCGCAGAUGGUCCUAAUAGCACCAUUGGUGGUGCCUCUGCUAAGAAAUCGGCACUUAAUGAAGUUUUUGGUAGGGAGGAUGAUGAUGAAGAUGAUGGUUUAUAUAAGUUAAGAAAUGAUACAAAGGACGCCAUUAGAGGAAAUGUAGGAAAUGUUAAACAAAUGGACACUAAAAAUAAAACAGAGUUGGUUCAUGGACCAACGACUGCAGGUUUGGGAUCUACUACCUUCUUGGAUGGUGCACCUGCAGCUGGGAACACUAGUAAUAAUAUAAACAGGAAUAAAUCCGUAUCUUACAAAUUUCGUGAGGAAAAUGCACACAAAUUUGAUAACUUACGCAGGAAUAUGAGCACAAAUAGUCAUGCUCCAACUAGACACAGAACAGGAUCAACUGAAGGAUACCCUCCUAGAUAUAAUAGCAGUAGUAGCAGUAUACAAAGAUCAAGGAAUCCCGAAAGGAUAUCGACCACGAAAAGUGGUGGUUCUGGAACGGGACAUAUCACAUUUGGUGAUGAUGAAGAUGAUAUUUACCUUGGACUCCCUCAACAAACAAAGAAAAAAUCUGCUGGCUCCAAACUUUUGAAUAGAGUGAAAAGUUUAAAAGUAGGAGGCAGAAAAAAUUGA